UAACAAACAAGCUUUGAGAUCCUUUUAAAGUGACGAAUAUAUGGUUUUAGCGACAAAGAUAUAUGUAAUUUUAUGAGAAGAAAAAGAAUUUCUAAGGUUAUUUUUUUAAUAAAUUUUUUUUUUUUUUUUUUUUUUAACGAAAUUCUACGAAUAUAUCAUUUUUUUUUUUUUUAUAACAUCAGCAUCUUUCGGUUAAUUUCCUUAAUCAAUGAAAUAAAUAUAAACAUCCUAUUUAAGAGAUUCUUUUUAUUCCAGAUAAAGAACAAUUUGCUUUUUUCGAACAAUUUUUAUAUACAAAAUUUCGCCAAUCAAAAAUUUCGGCAACUCCGGUAUAUUAUUAUUAUUAUAUAAACAACAAACAUAUAUAUAUGUAUAUAUAUAUAUAUAUCAUAUCAUAUAUAUAUAUCACAUAUACAACAUAUAUAUGUACAUAUUAAUAUAUAUUAAGUUAUUUUAAAAUUCCGAUUUUUUCAAUCGAAAAAAUUUUCUUAUUUUUAAGGUUUUCAAUUAAUACAAUUUUAAUCUCUU